CCCGCCUCUCCAGUUCAGGCUGCUGGUACGAGCUGGGCUGGGCGUGAGCGAGGGACCGAGGCAGGACGGGUUGGGAGGCGCGGGGCCGCGCAGCCCGACGGCGGGGGCGGGGGCGGCGCGGGACCGGAGAGGGCGCCAGACCCCGAGCCGCGGCGGAGGGGGAGGCGGGAGGCGGGCGAGCAGGGCUACCGGAGACCUACGUCCGAGCGCGCGGAGCCCUGCGCCUGGCCGGGGUCGGUCCGAAGUCCGCGCUAUGAAAGAGGAGAAAUACUUGCCUGAGCUGAUGGCAGAAAAAGAUAGCCUGGAUCCAUCUUUUGUGCACGCCUCGCGCCUGCUAGCCGAAGAAAUUCAAAAAUUUCAAGGUUCUGAUGGAAAAAAGGAAGAUGAAGAAAAGAAAUAUCUUGAUGUCAUCAGCAACAAAAACAUAAAGCUCUCAGAAAGGGUAUUGAUUCCUGUCAAACAGUAUCCAAAGUUCAAUUUUGUGGGGAAACUGCUUGGACCAAGAGGAAACUCCUUGAAGAGGCUACAGGAAGAAACAGGUGCUAAAAUGUCUAUCCUGGGCAAAGGAUCAAUGAGAGAUAAAGCAAAGGAAGAAGAGCUAAGGAAGAGUGGGGAAGCCAAAUAUGCACACUUGAGUGAUGAACUUCAUGUAUUAAUUGAAGUGUUUGCUCCACCUGGGGAAGCUUAUUCACGUAUGAGUCAUGCAUUGGAAGAGAUUAAAAAAUUUCUGGUUCCCGACUACAAUGAUGAAAUUCGUCAGGAACAACUACGUGAAUUAUCUUACUUAAAUGGCUCAGAGGACUCUGGUCGUGGCAGAGGUAUUAGAGGAAGAGGGAUCAGAAUAGCUCCCACAACUCCUUCAAGGGGCCGUGGGGGUGCCAUUCCUCCUCCUCCACCACCUGGACGAGGCCUUCUCACCCCUCGAGGGACCACUGUGACCCGUGGUGCUCUUCCAGUGCCCCCUGUAGCAAGAGGCGUCCCUACCCCGCGAGCACGGGCAUCACCCACUGUGCCAGGAUACAGGGCACCCCCUCCUCCAGCCCACGAGGGGUAUGAAGAGUAUGGUUAUGAUGAUGGCUAUGGGGGUGAAUACGAUGACCAGACAUAUGAGACUUAUGACAAUAGCUAUGCCACCCAAGCACAGAGUGUGCCUGAGUACUAUGACUAUGGUCAUGGAGUAAGUGAGGAUGCCUAUGACAGCUACGCACCAGAAGAAUGGGCCAUGACCCGCUCCAGCCUGAAGGCACCACCACCAAGGUCAGCCCGAGGGGGAUACAGGGAGCACCCCUAUAGUAGAUACUGAGGGUUCUCCUCGCCUGUGACCUCACCUCAAAGACAAUUCAUAGCCUGUGGUCUCCACACAAACAGCAACAUGACAAGUAAUAGUCCUUUUUUUUUGGUUCCUAUUCUAGGGAUAACUGCUCAUGGCUGCUCCCAUAUAUUUGUUGUAUUUCCCUGAUACUGUUGGCGUGACACUGACACUAGUAUUAUUUUAUGAAACAGACUAAAAGAAGCAUUGGCAAGCAUUGUCUAUAAACCAUUCAGUAGGAUGAUAUUCUCUUGGUUGUUUUCAUUGUUGUAUGUAAUCAUUUUUUUCUCUCUCUUUUCUUUUAAGAAAGAGCAUGAAUCGGUUAACAGAUUUUGAGUCUCAAUCAACUAGCAAAAACUUUGUUUAGGGUUGCUAAAAAACUGUAACACGAUAUUUGAACUAGCUAUAAUAAAGUUGUAGAUAAGAUGUCUUAACCUGUCUUUUAAUAUCUGUUAGUUAGAUGAAGCUGUUCGAUAUUAAAUUUAAUUUUAAAUGCUGUUUUAAUGGGGUUGAAAACAAGAAGCUACUGUAUGUAUGUAGCUAACUGAAUUUGUUUAGUGUUUUAACCUGUAUUUGUUAAAAAAGAAAAACACACACACAUAAAGUUCCAUGUGUAAGCUUCUCUAAAUAGGAAAACACACUUUGUCAAAUAUGUUUGCCAUAAUUCGUCAAUAAAGCUGAAAACUUUUGUAAAAACUAAAUUUGGAAUUACUUGUUUUCUAGCUUUAAAUGCCUGCUUUAUUUCUUUUUCAAGAGAUGCCUAAAAUGUUUUCUAUUUAAAAAUUACAAAAAUGAACCCAAGCCUGUUUUAAGAUAUUUGUGUAAUACUUUAAAAGUGUAUUAAUAACGUAUGGUUGUUAAAUAAUUUAAAAGUUAACAAACUAAACUGUUACACGAAUCAUGGUUAGUAAACACUAAUGUAUAACAUGUUAAUGGAAAAAAAUGGAUUUAGAAUAAUAAAUGGACUUUAAACUAU